AUCUCAGAUUGUGUCACCAGUCUGCCUUCGGCAUUAGUCGCCGAUAGUUCGGCUCCAAGUGCUCUUAACUCAUUAUCUCAAACACCCCACUAAAACAAAAACCAUUGAAAACAAUACGGAAAAAAAUAUUGUACUGCCAAAUAAAUUUAUUUAACUACUUCCAGUGAAAUUCACAAUUUUCUUCUGAAUUUUCUUGGCAAUAGUCAUUAAUUUUCUCAGUGAAUGUUCUAUCCGCCGGAAUAGUGAGGGCUAGUGAGUGAAACCGAAAGUCUGGAAAUUAAUUUAUCGCUAUCUAACCAGGAAAAAUUAAUAAAUAAUGAGUGGAACGUCGAAGCCCGCGGAAAAUGGAAUUACUGAAGCUGAUCAGUACAUGCGAAAACGUCCGACUAAGACGAAGUGGCAGUCCUUUAAGGAUGGCAUUUACAAUCCCUCGAAAGGUAGAAUCCUGGGAAAAACUGGAAAGCAAUGGGGAAUUACAGGAGUCUUUUACUUCUGUUUCUUCACUGGCUUAGCAAUAUUGUGUGCCAUCUGCUACAAGGGGCUUGAGGCCAGUUUACCUGAGCAUGAACCUAGAUGGAAAUUGGAUCGUAGCCUAAUAGGAACAAGUCCAGGCUUAGGGUUUCGUCCCAUAUCUGAGCACACUGAGGCAGGUUCUAUAAUCGCAUACAAUGCUGCUAACACAACGCAGGUCAACAUGUGGGUUGGAAGACUCAACAAGUUUCUCGAAAAUUACUUGCAUCCAUCGCAAUCACCAACUGCUCGUCCAAAUCAACAGCCAUGCAGCCACGACUUCCACAAUCUGACGAACGAUAAAGUAUGUGCUGUUGAUAUUCAUAAUUGGGGCCCUUGCUCGCCAGAAGAAGGAUUUGGCUUCCGAAAUUCAUCACCAUGUGUCUUCAUCAAGCUGAACAGGAUAUACGACUGGAUACCAGAGUAUUAUAAUGAUUCGAGUGAUCUGCCCAGUGACAUGCCUGAGAGUCUAGUGAACCAUAUCAAGAGUCUCAAGGGGAAAGAGUUAAACACUGUUUGGGUGAGUUGCAAUGGAUCUCACGGCCUGGACAGAGAACUUCUCCGGGAUAGUAUCGAGUACUUGCCUCGUGGUCCCCAAGGAUUCCCCGGAUAUUAUUACCCUUACACGAAUACAAAAGGAUAUCUCAGUCCACUGGUAGCUGUCCAUUUCCGUCGUCCAGCAGUGAAUCAACUGAUUGGAGUGGAGUGUCGUGCAUGGGCGAAGAACAUAAAGUACGAUAAGAAAGAGAAAUUGGGAAUGGUCGCGUUCAAUCUUCAAAUCGACGACAGACCAAAACCAGAGCUGAAUAGUACAGAAAAAACGAGUGAACAGCGUCAAUAGACUCGUAAUCCUGUGAUGAAAUGACUAUAUUGUCAUUCAUCUACACGGGGAGAACAAAUCAGUAAAAAAUACCUAACCGUUUAGUAAUCAUGUUGUUCUAGUCGCUGGAAGAAAAUUACUUAUCGCUUACUAAAAUAUUUCAACUGCUUAGUAAUUGUUAUCUAGCCAUUCGACGAAAAAUUCCCAAACUUUCCAGUAAUUUUUCUCAAACUGCUAGAUUACCUCUACCAGUCGACAAAUUUUUAUUAUUAAAAUAGUAACAAUUGUUUAGCUGUUCGGGAAAAAUUACUUGAAAUUUAGAUAUCUACUUAUUUAUCUCUUUUCAAACGGUUGUAUAACUUUUAUGUAUUACUUUUGCAAUCGACAAAUUUUACUGAGCGAUACCACAAUUUUUUACUAAAACUUUUUACUAAAACAACGAUUAUCAAAUGGAUAGGUAAUUUUUACUGUAUUUUUCUCUUAGUGUACUCGUAAUGGUGGCUUAACUUAUUGCCUUAGCACUGAAAAAAAAAUCAGGGCACUUAAUCGAUGUACUUACAAACUGAUGAGUAUAAUUAUCAGUCGACUUCAAAAAGUGUGUAAUGUACUGUUGAAAGUAACUGUAUCAUCGCGUCAGUUACGAUUUUUAUGUGACAUAUUACCUGAGUAUUUUUAAACAUUUUUCAACUUGUGAUAAUCACAACUUAAAGUCCUACUCGUGUUUAUUAUUCUUUUAUAGUUUUGGUAGUGUUAAUCGUGUUAAGAAAAAUUUGUUAGUGUUUGACGAAAUGAAAUUUUGUUGCGAUAGCAAAACAAAAUUUAUUUUACGACGAAUGACACGCGGUUGUAAAAAUAAAUUGCAGAUUUAUUAGAUUGAGUUCCAGAAA